AUGAGCAAAAUUGACCAAAAUCAACGCGUAAAACGAGCUUACUCUUUAACUGCUCAACUUAAAAAUAUUGGACCAACAAGUAACGCAAAAACUAAAUUUAUUCUUGAAUCAACACCCUUCGAUAACGAAGAUGAAUCACCAUCAUCAGGAGAUUUGACUAUUGUUGGUCGACUAUUGCCGAAUUCUGAUAUUUACAAACAAGGCUCUAUUCGAAUUCACAUGAUAUUAGGACAAGAAUUUCCAUUUAAAGCACCAAAAGUAUUUGUAAGACAACCAAUAUAUCAUCCUAAUAUUGAGAGAGAUGGUAAAGUAUGUACUAAUCUCUUGGUUAAUUCAGAGGCUUGGACACCAACAACAACUUUAGUCCAAAUUAUUGAAGAAGUAACCAACAUAAUUGAUAAUCCUUGCACGGAUCAAAUUAAACAUCCUGAAGCGGCUAGUUUAUAUACUACUAAUAAAACGGAAUAUAAUCGUAUUGCAUCAGAAAUGUUUAAACAACAUGAAACAUCGACAAAUAAAUCUUUUGUAUGUCCAUGGUAUUGUUAUCCAGCUAUUAUAUUUAUUAUUCUUAUUUGUUUAAUUAUUCUUACUAUAUGUUUAUCAGCAUGUGAUUAUCAUUCUUCAAAAAAACAACAAGAAUCAAAUGUUAUUAAACAAAAAACAAUUUCAUUAGAAAAUAAAGACGAUGAUGACAAAAAGACAGUAGAUAGUAUGUCACAAAAAGUAUUGAAAAAAUCUCAAGAUGAUGAUGCUAUUAGUUUAACUAGUACUAAUUCGGAGAAAAACUAA